GAACAUUUUCUACGGGAGAGCCAAAUAACGUUGGUGAUUGCUCGCCACGGUCGGAAAAAUAGGGAUCUUUGUGUCUUCCCCCUAGUAGUGACCAGCCUCCGCAGCAGGGAUCAGCCAUGCCGUUCGGAAACACCCACAACGCGCUAAAGAUGAAGUACGCUUCUAGUGAAGAGUACCCAGAUCUCAGCCAGCACAAUAAUCAUAUGGCCAAGAUCUUGACUCCUGCCAUCUACGAGCGUCUGAGGAGCAAACAAACGCCCAGUGGAUUUACAUUGGAUGAUGUCAUUCAAACCGGGAUUGAUAACCCAGGCCAUCCAUUCAUCAUGACUGUGGGAUGUGUGGCUGGAGACGAGGAGACAUACGAGGUCUUCAAGGAGCUGCUGGACCCCAUCAUCGAGGACAGACAUGGAGGAUACAAGCCUACAGACAAGCACAAGACCGACCUCAACCCAGACAACCUGAAGGGUGGAGAUGACCUGGACCCCAACUACGUCCUUAGCUCCCGUGUCCGAACAGGAAGGAGCAUCCGCGGGUUCUGUCUGCCCCCACACUGCAGCCGUGGAGAGCGAAGGGGCGUUGAGAAAAUGUCUGUCGAAGCUCUGGACUCCCUGUCUGGUGACCUGAAGGGGAAGUACUACGCCCUUAAGAACAUGACAGAUGCCGAGCAGCAGCAGCUGAUUGAUGACCACUUCUUGUUUGACAAGCCUGUGUCUCCUCUGCUGCUGGCCUCUGGCAUGGCCCGGGACUGGCCCGAUGGCAGGGGAAUCUGGCACAACGAUACCAAGACCUUCCUGGUCUGGGUCAAUGAGGAGGACCACCUGCGUGUCAUCUCAAUGCAGAAAGGUGGCAACAUGAAGGAGGUGUUCAACCGUUUCUGUACUGGCCUCACAAAGAUUGAAACCUUGUUCAAAGAUAAGGGCACUUCAUUCAUGUGGAACGAGCACUUAGGCUACGUGCUCACCUGCCCAUCCAACCUGGGCACAGGGCUGCGUGCUGGAGUCCACGUCAAGAUCCCAAACAUGAGCAAGCACGCCAAAUUCGAGGAGGUGCUCAAGAGGCUAAGGCUCCAGAAACGUGGAACAGGUGGAGUGGACACCGCAGCCGUGGGUGGCACCUUCGACAUCUCCAAUGCCGAUCGCCUGGGCUUCUCCGAGGUGGAGCUGGUGCAGAUGGUUGUGGACGGAGUCAAGCUGCUGGUUGAGAUGGAGAAGAAGCUGGAGAAAGGCCAGUCUAUCGAUGACAUCAUGCCCGCCCAGAAGUGAAAACUCUUGUGAUUGCCUCCCCCUCGUCAUCUGAAUGAAUGUGAGACACUAUCCUGGAAUGCACUCUGUAUUAAAGAGCUCUUACUCUCUCACACAAGGUCCUCUUUCAUUGUGAUAGUGGAUCUGAAAACAUGAAAAUAAAAAAACUGUUUCAAUCCA